AUGGAGCUUGUUGUCAUGGUGCUGGGGGUGUUGGGGCUGACCGGGGUGGCUCUCGCUUGGAGGACCCGCCUCACCCGCAUUCCACAUUCCCUCUUUUCACCCGACCUUCAGAAGCACUCAUCCCACGAGGCACGCAACAAUCUAUCCUGUCCGGUGCCGACACCGCAGCAGCCAACCACUGCCAUCGCAUCGCCGUUUGGUGUAACCGCGACUCCAUAG